UGUCCUGCAUCUACAGAAAAUCCCUUCUACCUUUCGAGCUCGACCCGAGGCGUCUGCCACGCUACCACCUCGAUUCUACACUCACAUACCUUCAGAAAAACCAACCGACCUUCACAUACACGAAAGUCACACUCUCCGCCGUCACGAUUGUAUUGCAGUUCACUUCUAUCACAUCCUGAUAUUGCAACUUAAACAGCAAGUUAGCUUUUUAGGACGAGGCGCCAUCAAGGAGACCUGAGCAGCAACGGUCCUGUCCAAAAACAGACAUCUACCUCCAUUUGCUACUAUGGCAGACCAUCCGAGCGAAAAUCUCAUUCCCGAGCCUUCCAAUACAUUUCCAAACCUGAAAGCAAGCCCCAGAGAGGUUCGACAGUGGAUUCAAGGUUGGUUCAAGCAACAGGGCCAUAGUUUGACAGUGUACGAUGCGCGUAUCAAAAACGUACACUGGAAUGGGUCCGAGCUUCAUCGGAUAUCCUACCAUAGCAUGGUGCACGACUUGAUUGGCUUUGGGUACAAUGGUUAUGCUGGUGACCUUGCGCAUGAAAUUUUCAAAGCUCGUACUGCAGAGGAGGAAGGUACGGAGUUCGUAACGAGGAUGAUUAUCACGGUUGCUAUUACUAUUCUUGUCGUCGUGUUUGGAUUUGGAUGGUUGAUGAGAGGAGAAGUAACUUGUCAAUGACACUUUUUUUUGGAUAUCAAGAUAGGAGUCUUGGUGCAUGGGGUUUGCAAGAGCGCCUUCUUCGAGGUCUUUGAAGAUUAGACUGGCUCGAGAGAACUUAGUCAGUAGCGUCUGGGUCUCUACAGAUGC